AUGAUUAUUCUUGUUGUAUUCUCUGAAUUAAGCACCAGUAUCGGGAACCUACAGAUAACCUUCCGUGUAACUGAAGAGGAAGCACCAGGACUAUUGAUAGGCUACCUGAGAAAUGUACCUGGACUUUCAACGUCAGAAAAAAAUCUUCGAUACAGUUUCUUAAGUUUGAAUGAUCUUCGCGUCUCAUCCCUCUUUCGUAUCAAUUCUGUUACAAGCGGCCUUGCAACGGCUAAGAAGAUAGAUAGAGAACAAUUUUGUGAGUUUCUAGUCGAGUGCGUCAUACAAUUUGAUGUGCAAGUUAGAUCUGUGGAAUCCUCAUAUUUUGAAAUAUUUGUAGUUCAAAUCAUUGUUGAAGAUAUAAAUGACAACAGUCCUGAGUUUCGAACGAAUGAAAUUACAAUUUUUAUUCGAGAAAAUACAAAUAUAGGUUCUGGCUACCGUGUAAGUGGUGCUGUGGAUCGCGAUGGUACUCCAAAUAAUAGCGUUCAGUUCUAUGAAUUGGUUUCAAAUACCGAUGCAUUCCAUUUCAAAGAGAUAAAGAAGUUGGAUGGAUCAACUGAUAUAGAGAUUAUCAUCAUGAAUAAUCCAGAUCGCGAAGUGAAAGGUUACUAUCGUUUCUUCAUUGUAGCCAGUGACAACGGUCAUCCACAAUUGUCUUCAAAAUUGAUAGUAAAUGUCAAUAUUACUGACGAAAACGACAAUGCCCCUGUAUUCUCUGAACGGAAUUAUAAUUUGACAGUACGUGAGGAUACACCACCUUAUACAGUGAUCGGUAAAGUGCUAGCAACAGAUGAAGAUAUUGGCAUCAAUAGUGUUCUUAUCUAUAGUCUCAGUUCUAAAAGGAGUGAACUAUUCCAAAAUCUAUUUGCUAUAAAUCCUAAAAACGGCCGCCUAAGCGUAAAAAAUGAACUGCAGUUGUAUUCUGGAAGGCAGCUUAGUGCUGUCGUCGAAGCGACAGAUAGUGGAACUCCUUCAUUUACUUCCCAAGCCAUAGUUACAGUUACGAUAAUUGACAUAGGAAAUAAUCCUCCUCGAAUUUCCAUAAGUCCCAUCGCGUCUAAUGACGGUGCUGCCAUUCUUCUUUCGGAAGCAUCACGUGUUGGCACUCCAGUGGUACAUGUUGAGGUUAUUGACAUGGAUCGUGGACAAAAUGGUGAGGUUGAGUGUAAGUUAGUUCACGAUUACUUUAUACUACAGUCACUGAAAGGUCGUGGGUAUAUUGUACAAGUUAAACGUACUCUUGAUCGGGAAGAUGUGGAUGAUCAUAACCUUACUAUAAUGUGUGAAGAUUUCGGAAAUCCUAGACUGUUAACAAAGGUACAUUUGUACGUUAGACUCUUGGACGAAAAUGACAACAGACCGCAGUUCACUUCCAAUGUGUACCAAAUAGACAUGGUAGAAAACAAUGAGAUCGGCAAAUUUAUUGUUUCGGUUUCGGCAUCAGAUGCUGACACAGGACGGAAUGGUCUGAUACAGUACUUUAUCAGCCUUCCAUUUGAAUCAUUGUUUCAAAUAGACAAAACUUCAGGUGACAUUACUACAAACUCAAGCCUUGAUAGAGAACGUUUUUCCUCUUAUAAAUUAACAGCUGUUGCUUCUGAUAAUGGUGUUCCACAACUCUCAACAUCCGUUACGUUAACAAUAUAUGUACUGGAUAUAAAUGAUCACGCGCCCGAGAUACUGUCAAAUGACAGUACAAGUGUUGUAACCGUACCUUCCGACACUAAAGUUGGUGUUCCCAUUUUCAAAGUAAAUGCGUCUGACAAAGACGAAGGGGAAAAUGCAAAAUUAAUUUAUUCCUUAAUUGGUGGAAAUAGCGAUAGCAUUUUUCUAAUCAGAACUAAAACGGGAGAGGUUGUUCUUACCAGGAGAAUAACUCCAGAGGACAAGGAGAUACAUAACCUAACCAUCUCUGUGAGUGACAAUGGAAAACCUUCGCAAUCAACACUUUCUUAUUUUAACGUCCAGAUCCUGCAUGUGAAUUCCACUUCAAAUCUAGAAAAAGGAACAACUGAAUUCAAACAUACCAUAAUAAUUAUAGUGGUUGUUACGUGCCUAGUUUUACUACUUUUCUGUGUCUUACUUGCAUUUGUCUCGUACAUUCGAAAAUCUAGAAACUUUUAUCCAAAUUCAAAGAAAGUUCAUAAAGAGGAAUACGAAAACAUUAAGAAUCAAAGAUAUGUAUGGCACCGUGCUAACGAACAAGAAUUAUCAGUGCCUGUUCAAGAAAUGGAUUAUGGGCAUGUGUUAAAUGGUGUCUAUGGGGAAGACGACAAGAGUUGGCUUGAUUAUGGCAGAUGCAUUGAUCUUCACGAGAAUAAGCAGUUAAUCACUUUUAAGGUCAGUCUGAACAACAAUUAUUUGUUCAGUAAGUUGAUAUGA